GGGAGGCAUUAAUAUUUUAGAUGAUGCAUAAUGGAAAGGAGAAGCUGUAGGAGUUCACAAAGUUUCGAGAGUUUGUUACGAAGCUAUAAGUUGCCUUUGGGCAUGAAGAGAUCGAUGUGUUGAUGGUUUGGAAUAGGGGUGUGAACGACCCGUGUAGAGCCUGAAUGUAUGAGGCUCAAGCUUGGCUCAUCAAUGUGCUUAUGAGCUCGAGUUUGGGCUUGAGGUUGAACAUCUGAGUUCGAGCUCGGCUAGUUCAAUAAAUUGAACGUCUCGGCCAGGCAAGGCUUAGCCAACGAGCCAAGUGCAGUAGAAAAGCUUGGGCUCGACUCGAGUUCAGGCUUCAGUUCAAGCUCAUUUAGGUUCGUCAAUGAUUAUAAAGUAAAUUUGAUUUGGGACUCGGUGGACUAUAAUGAGUGAUCAACAAAAGUACUUGCAUUUCAUUAUCGGGAUAUUCGGGACGAAAUGACGUGACCCAUGUUUUUUCUACUAUACCCAAGCAGGGCUCCAAAGCUCAGAUUUUUCAUCCAAAACAUUUCUCAGUGGCAUCUCCCAUGGCUUCCAGCUGACCAUUUCAUCUCGCAGUACUAAAAUGAAGCUCACACGCUCUCAGAAGCUCCCUCUGAGCUCCAAGUACCAACCUCAAUUAAGGACAAUAUGCGGGAAGAUCUUCCCCGACGACGAGCAGAGCGACGCUCAGUUCGUGUCCCUCCUCCGGAACAUCGUCCGAGGAAAGCACAGCUGGAGCUCCGCCUUCAACAACCCCUUCAUCACUGCCUCCCUGAGGCCGCACCACGUCGAGAAGGUCCUGGUCGAAACCCUGGAGGACUCCAGGUUAGCCCUCAGGUUCUUCAAUUUCCUCGGGCUGCACAAGAACUUCAACCACUCCACGGCGUCCUUUUGCAUCCUCAUCCACGCCCUGGUCCAGAGCAAUCUCUUCUGGCCUGCUUCCUCCCUCCUGCAAACUUUGCUAUUUCGCGAUCUAAGCCCGAAGGAAGUAUUCGAGGAGCUUCUGUAUUGGUACAGAAAAUGUGGGUUCUCGUUAAGCUUGGGUUUUGAUUUGGUGAUUCAGAGUUGCGUGCAGAAUGGGAGAGCAUUAGAUGCUGUUUUGAUCUUUAAGCUAAUGACGGAGGAAUCUGAUUUGUUACCAGAAACGAGGACUCUAAGUGGGCUCUUGAACGGAUUGGCAAGGGCUCGGCAAUUCCACAAGGCUGUGGAGUUGUUUGACCAUAUGCUAAAUUUAGGCCUCCAGCCUGAUGUUUUUGCCUAUACAGCAGUUGUUCGGAGUUUGUGUGAGAUGAAGGAUUUCACUAGAGCUGAGGAAGUAAUCCGUUUUAUGGAGAAGAGCAAAUGUGAAUUGAAUGUGGUGACUUACAAUGUGUUGAUUAAUGGUCUAUGCAGGUCCCAGAGGGUUGGGCAUGCCAUCCAGGUAAAGAACUCUCUGAGUCAGAAGGGGUUGAGACCAGAUGUUGUCACUUUCUGCAUGCUGUUGCUUGGGUAUUGCAGGGCAGAAGAGUUUGAGCUUGGAGUGGAGCUAAUGAACGAGAUGCUUGGAUUGGGUUUUGUUCCGAGCGAAGCAGCUCUAUCGGGUCUUGUGGAAGGCUUGAGAAAAACCGGCAGGGAACUUGAUGCUUUUGAUUUGGUUAGUAGAGUGGGAAAGCGUGGAGCAGUACCUAACCUGUUCGUUUACAAUGCGCUGAUUAAUUCUCUUUGUAGAAUAGAUAAGAGGGAUGAAGCAAUGUCACUUUUUAAGGAAAUGGAAAUGACGGGACUUGUUCCAAAUGAUGUUACCUAUACAAUUAUAAUCGAUUUUUUCUGCAAGAAGGGGGAGUUAGAUGCUGCAAUUCAAUUUUUUUCAGCCAUGGGCAAAGCAGGGAUAAAGCCCACUGUUUACUCUUACAAUUCUUUGAUAUAUGGGCAUUGCAGAUUGCGGAAUUUACUCAAAGCUGAGUCUUUUUUCCAUCAGAUGAAUGAGAAAGGAUUAACUCCAACUGUAGUGACGUAUUCAGCACUGAUAGAUGGGUUAUGCAAGGAAGGAGAAAUGCACAAAGCCUUUCGGCUUUACCAUGAAAUGACAGGAAAGGGCAUUGCUCCGAAUGUUUAUACCUACAAUGCUCUUAUCUUCGGUCUUUAUCGCUCAAAUAUGAUAUCUGAGGCGUGCAAGCUGUUUGAUGAGAUGGUGGGAAGCAAUGUCGUUCCAAAUGAUGUAACCUACAAUAUCAUGAUUGAAGGACAUUGCAGAGCACAUGAUAUAGUAAGAGCCUUCAAGUUGUUUGAAGAAAUGAUAAGGAGAGGCCUCAAACCAGAUACAUACACUUACAGGUCCUUAAUAAGCGGCCUUUGUUCGAUGGGUAGAGUUACCGAAGCCAAGGAGUUUGUGGACAACCUACACAAAAAACAUAACAAGUUAAAUGAGAUGUGUUACAGUGCCCUUCUCCAUGGAUUCUGCAGAGAAGGGAGGUUGACGGAAGCCGUAAGGGUUGCUCAGGAGAUGGUGGAAAGGGAUGUAAAUAUGGACCUCAUUUGUUACACUGUACUUAUUGAUGCGACUCUGAGAAAGAACGGUACAAAGAUCAUGUUCGGUUUCCUACAGGAGAUGCAUGAGCACAGAAUAAGCCCCGAUAUUGUACUGUACACCAGCAUGAUUGAUAAUUAUAGCAGAGCAGGAAAGUUGAAGGAGGCAUUAGGGUUUUGGGAUGUGAUGGUCGAUGAAGGAGUUCUGCCGAAUGCCGUGACUUACACUGCACUGAUAAAUGGCUUGUGCAAGAGUGGAUCUAUCAAUAAAGCUGAAGUGCUUCUGAAGGAGAUGCUGGUAAGUGGUCAUCUCCCGAAUCAGGUAACCUAUGGCUGUUUCCUUGAUCACUUGACGAAGAUUGGAGACUUGAAGAGUGCAGUAGAGCUUCACAAGGCAAUGCUUAAAGGCCUCUUAGCAAACACUGCAACGUACAACAUGCUGAUAAGAGGCUUCUGCAAAUCAGGUAGACUUCAAGAGGCUUGGGAGAUUCUUCUUGAGAUGACAGGAAAUGGGAUCUUUCCUGAUUGUGUCACGUACUCGACUUUCAUCUAUGAGUACUGCAGGAGGGGAGAUAUCCUCGAAGCAAUCAGGUCGUGGGAGUGUAUGAUUAGGAAAGGUGUAAAGCCUGACAUGCUCGCAUACAGUUUUAUGAUUCACGGAUGCUGUGUCUCAGGGCACCUUGCUAAGGCUAUUGAAUUGAGAGAUGAGAUGACGAGAAUGAGAAUUAAACAAAGUCGGGUAACUUCUGACAGUUUGAAGGGCUUGCAACCUUUGGCAAAAGUUCCUUGAACUUUUAACAAGAUUCUAUCAUUUUUUUUUAAUCCGAUAGAUGGGAGUUCAAUUUGUGGAGGUAAGAUUUUGAUUUUUGGGUUCUUUUUGCUGUACAGUAGUUUUGACAUUGUAAAUUAGAGUUGGAAGACAGAUUUUGUAUCCAAUUUCAAAGGGAUGAAUUCAUCCGCUUGUGUUCGUCAAAAUAAUUUAUUAAGAUCGAGACAGUUCGGGGGGUGUAACUGCAAUAUGUGAUCAGUGUCAAAUAAAACAUCCUUCCACUGUCUUUGAGCCUUCUUU